CUCCUUUACUGGCGAGUAAGGAGGAAAAUCAGCUGAAGGAAAACACUCCUGCCUAGUUAAAACCAUGGCUGCGGAGAUUCACUCGAGGCCCCAGACAGCUAGACCGGUUCUGUUGAACAAGAUCGAGGGACACUCGGACGCUGUCAAUGCAGCCGUUUUAAUACCCAAAGAAGAUGGAGUAAUCACGGUUAGCGAGGACAGAACCAUCCGUGUGUGGCUGAAGAGAGACAGUGGUCAGUACUGGCCGAGCAUCUACCAUACAGUCUCCUCUCCAUGCUCUUGCAUGUCGUAUCACCACGACAGCAGACGCAUCUUCAUAGGCCAGGACAAUGGGGCGAUUGUGGAGUUUCUCAUCUCCGAAGACUUCAACAAGAUGAACCACGUGAAAACGUAUCCAGCCCACCAGAACCGCGUGUCAGAUAUGGUCUUCUCCCUGGAGAGUGAGUGGGUGGUGAGUACCGGCCAUGAUAAGAGCGUGAGCUGGAUGUGCACCCAGAGUGGCAGCAUGCUGGGGAGACACUACUUCACUGCCUGGGCCUCCUGCCUGCAAUACGAUCAAGAGACACAGCACGCCUUCGUAGGCGACCACUCAGGACAGAUCACUCUGCUGAAGCUGGAGAGGCAGACGUACUCCACCAUCACUACACUGAAGGGUCAUGAAGGUAGUGUAGGAGCGCUGUGGUGGGACCCAGUCCAGAGGCUGCUCUUCUCGGGGGCCUCCGACCACAGUGUCAUUAUGUGGGACAUCGGAGGCCGCAAAGGACGAACGCUGCUCUUGCAGGGGCAUCACGAGCGCGUUCAGGCUUUACGUUACCUCCAGUUGACCAGGCAGUUGGUGUCAUGCUCCGCUGAUGGAGGCAUCGCAGUGUGGAACAUGGACACGCAGAGAGAAGAGGCGCCUCAGUGGUUAGACAGCGACUCUUGUCAGAAGUGUGAGCAGCCUUUCUUCUGGAAUAUCAAACAGAUGUGGGACACUAAGACCCUGGGACUUAGACAGCACCACUGCAGGAAGUGCGGCAAGGCCGUGUGUGGAAAAUGUAGCUCCAAACGCUCUACGUUUCCAAUUAUGGGCUUUGAGUUCCCGGUGCGGGUGUGUGACGCCUGCUUUGAAACCAUCAAAGAAGAAGAUCGGACACCGCUGGCCACGUUCCACGAGGGGAAACACAACAUCGCUCACAUGGACAUGGAUCCAUCGAGAGGCCUGAUGGUCACUUGUGGAAGUGACCGCAUUGUUAAGAUAUGGGAUAUGACACAGGUGGUUGGCUGUAGCUUAGCAACAGGCUUCUCCCCACGCUGAUUGGCCAAGGCCUCUACACAGUGGCCCCACUGGCCCUUCAUUUGCUCCGCCCAUUCUUCUAAUGUCAUGGAAACCCCUCUGUACAGUACAUCUCCCCUUCACGCCUGAGAUCUUCAGCUGCAGCCAGGCUUCUUCUCGGUGAACGUGUGCACGUGUGCGUGCGUGUGUGCGUGUGUGCGCAGCCCUCCACAUUCUUUUUGCUUCUCAUAACAAUCUUUUCUUUAAUUUCACCAUCAGUCUUACAUCAGACUGUGUUUGACUGAUUUGAUGCUCUGAUCUGAAACGCAACCCUAAGCACAACGAGGGCUGUGUGCGUGUACAUGUGUGCAUGUGUCCUAACAGGUUCUCCUAAGAGACGAAUGGUAUUGAUAUCAGUGUUUACAUUCAAGUAUAUCUGAUUGCUUCUUUUGACAAAGGUCCUUUUUUCCUUUUUCUUUUUUCUUGGCCUUGCAUUGUAUGUGUUUCACUAAAUCAAAUUCAAAUUCAAAUAUUUAUUUGUCACAUACACAGUCAUACACAGUAUGAUAUGCAGUGAAAUGCUUACACAACUGCUCGUGACCUAAAGAAGAAAAAAGAAAGACUAUGAAUAGGAUAAGAAAUAAAUAUGAAAAUUAAAAUUAAAAAUUAAAUAACUGUACAACAACAAAUUAGAAUGAAGGGUAAAUUUAACUGGGAAAGAAUAAGAUAAAAAUAUAAAUUAAAGUUGAAAAUAAAAUAACUGUACAACAAAAUACACAAUACACAAUAUAGAAAUAUAUAAGAAUGUAUGAAGAAAUAUAGAGUAAUAACAGCAGCUGUACAAGUAUUAAAUGGAAAUGAAGAAAUAUAAUGUCCAAGGUUGUGCAAUCCACAUUUGUAAGUGACUUGUGCAGUGCAAAUAUGUUUAAAGUGAUUCAAGUGAUGAAGUGAUUCAAUUAGAUCAGCGGUCCCCAACCCCAGGGCCUCCUACCGGUACCGGUCCGUGAGUCGUUUGGUACCAGGCCGCGAGAGUUGAGGCUCAGGUGUGAAAUGUAUGGUUUUCAGGGUUUUUAUCGGUUUUCAGCGUUAUUUUGUUAUCGUUUUUAUCGUUAACUUGGUUUUCCUGGGUCCUUUCACGUGUGUUAUGAAUAAAUCUUCUUUUUUUCGGUACCGGUACUAGUUUUACUUUGUUGUACUUAUCCGCGACACCUUAAAGGCCGGUCCGUGAAAAUAUUGUCGGGCAUAAACCGGUUCGUGGUGCAAAAAAGGUUGGGGACCGCUGAAUUAGAUGACCACGCAUCUAAUCGAAUUAGUGUAAACAAUGUCCAGAAUGUCCAGUGUGUGAAAAGAAAAGAAAGAAAAAAGCUCCUCCUCAGUCUCUCUGUGUUGGUUUUCAGGGAGCGGAAUCGCUUUCCUGACUUCAACAGAGAGAACAGUUGGAAUGGCUGAGGUCUUUCACGAUCUUCCUGGCCUUGGUCCAGCACCGCCUGCUGUAGAUUGAGUGCAAGUCAGGGAGCUCGGAGCGGAUGAUGCGCUCAGCACAACCCUCUGUAGAGCUCGUCUGUCCUGCAUGGUGCUGUUCCCGAACCAGGUUGAGAUGUUUCCUGUCAGGAUGCUCUCUAUGGUGCACGAGUGAAAGUUCCUGAGCACCUUGGAGGGCAGUCGGAAGUCUCUCAAGCGUCUGAGGUGGUAGAGACACUGUCGGGCCUUUUUCACCACGGUGCUGAUGUGACAGGACCAUGACAGGUCCUGCGUGAUGUGAACUCCGAGGUAUUUGAAGCUGUCCACUCUCUCCACUGGGCACUCGUUGAUGACAGGGGUCCGGUAGUUCCUCUCCUGCUUAGUGCUGAAGUCCACUAUCAACUCCUUUGUCUUACUGACGUUUAGAAGGAGGUUGUUCCUCUGGCACCAGUUCUCCAGAUUCCUAACCUCCUUCAGGUAGGCCGUCUCGUUGUUGUCAGAGAUCAGGCCCACCACGACGGUGUCGUCAGCAAACUUGAUGGUGGUGGAGUUGGUAGUGGCCACACAGUCAUAUGUGUACAAAGAGUACUGACUAGCCAUUCCUGUAAAAACUUCCCUUGCUUAUUAGUGUGGCCCACAAACUGCAUAUCACAGCAUACCAUCUGUAUAUAGCCCUGUGUCACGUGUGUGGAGGUGGAUGCUUGAAAUGACUCUCUCUGUCUCUGAUUUCUUUCACUAGUUGGCCUUAAAUCACUCUCAGGAGGUUUUACAUCAGUAGGUUGUCACUAGGCGGGGCUCUGUUGAUGUCAAUUUUACCUUAAAUAAAUGUGUAAUGUGAAAAUUAAUAGAACAGGCGCUUCCGUGAAGGAUGAAGGAAAUCUCUUGAUAAAAUAUCUCCCAGGGGAUUUGAUGCAGCUGCGUGACAUCAGUGAGCAAGCUUCCGUCUCAUCGUCUCAGGUGAAGGAUGGAAAAGUUGGAAACAUUCAUACGAACGGGCGCCGACAGCCGCAAAGUCCUGUCGCCACCAUUCCGAGGAGCUGCGUUACCGUUUGAGAUGUGAUUAGCAUUAGCUUUGUAGGUUAAAUUCCCUAACGUCAUGCUGGUGCAAAUGAGUUUUUCAAAAAGCACAGCAGCAUGCCACCUCUUAGAUAUGCGUCGCUUUCUUUGGAAAAUAUUUAAAAUUGUGGUGUAAAAAUUGAUUUCCUGCCACCACAAAGGCUCUUAGGUACUAGACAGGUACUCUAAACUAAUGUAGCACUUAAUGCUGACGUGCUGAAUUUGUCUCCAGCUAAAUCGAGCUACAGCUGAGCGCUGCCUGCGUUCCUUCAAAAGCCUUAAAGAGAGAAGGACACAAAGCCUUUUUAAAUGGUUUGCCAGUGCUUAUGACUGUUCACUCGCGCUCACUCUCAUGCACUCAUGUCAUCACAAAGCUCUCGUUUCCUCUCACCCUUUCUUAUUUUUUUCAGUGUCCCAGAUUAAACAGAUGUGCAUCUGUACAUCAAGGAUGUCUCAUAACGUUCUCAGCACUGCACUUACUUGCACAAUGCGUGCUUUUUGAGUUAAAGAAAACAUUUUUUGGUAAGUUCACCUGUGGAAGUAACGAUAUCUUAAUUCCAUGUAGCAUCCUUGUAAAUAGCGGCGAAUACCCCCUAAUGUCAGACUAACGCUUGCCUUAUUGUAAGUGGACAAAUGAACAUUAUGUUGGAACUCCUGAUUUCAAAAUGUACUCACAUUCCAGUUUUUUGAUUAUGUAGUGUAUAUUUAUAUUUGUAGUAAAGUAUUUAUCAGUUAUCAGUGUAAAUGGAUCCUUAGUUUUCUUUAUUUCCCUUGUUAUAAAUGACAAACUAGACCUUCAGUAAAGCACAUGCAAACUGGCUAAUGUUGAAAUGAUCUGUGGUGUUGGAUCAUGUAGUAUUUUACAUGGCUACAUGGAUGGAGAUUGGUUAGUUUGGGAUGAUUGUUAUAGCAAAAUAAUGUAUGAUUUACAUGCCACACAAUGCUAUACUUGGGGUUAGACUGAUAGCUGACAAUAAUAUAAGCUUUACAGGAAGGGUCAUUUAUUUUUAAAUGUCAGCAUACAUAUUGGGUUCUUUUGGGAUUUAUUUCUUCACAAAGUGGACACAGAAGCUCUGGUAUAAAACAUGACUUAAAAUUUGUGCACUUAUUAAAAAAUAAUAUUAUUAAAGCUGCGUAUUUGUAUUUUGUAACUGGCAGGAGUCAAGCUGAGAGGAGAAGAGUCCAAAGUUAAAACAUUAAUUAAUGUUAAAACAUUAAUGUUAAAACAUCAAAAUGAAACUACGGUGGCUCUGAGAGGUCAAACACAUAUACUUAAGGAAACACCAGCAAAUAGUAAAAUGUCUAUUUGACAUUUAGGACCAAUAGAAAAAUUAAAAAAAUCACACAAAGCUCAAUGGAAGUUUUUUGGGGGGGGAAUCUCACAAAACUGAACAAAAACAAAAUGUUUUUAGUGUGACGGAACAGCUGCGGAAGUAAAAGGUUUGUUCUGAGAGACGCUUAAAAGAAACAAAGGGUUUAUCUGUGACCUGAGGAAAAAGAUGAGGGGUAGUAUGUGUUUUAAUCACAUGAUUCAUAAAAUACUGUAGAUGCAUGUUUGCUUUUAGCUGUUUACUGUUAGUUUCUCACCUCCACAGCUGGUCCGUCUCCCCCAAAAAAAGUUUUGUUGCGUUUCUGUUGUUUUUUGGGUUUGGUUUUCUAUUUAUUUAUUUAUUUUUUUACCUUUUUGCAUGUUUUUUUUUCUCUUCUGUUGUAUUUUGUGUGCUUUUGCAGUGUUUUUCGCUUUUCCGGUGUUUUCUUAGGUUGCUGUGCCUUUUGACCUCUCAGGGCCACUGAUUUAUUUGUCUUACUUUCACACCAGAAUGAAAAGUGAACAACACUGGCACGUUGCUGACAGUAUAAUCCAAACUUUAUGCCCUAAUGUAAUUUAAACAAAAAAAAAAGAAAAAAGGGGGGGGGGGGGGUGCUGAAGAAAAUUACCCAAACUUUUGUCACAACUGCAGAAAAUAGCUAUAGAGACCAAAACCAUUUCUUGUUACCAGUAAUGAACAUGUUUAUUUCUGCUGUAAAGUUGUCCAUUCCUACACGGGGGUCUGUGAGGACAGAGCCUGCCUCAAGUAACCAUUUGAAGAACUGGUUUCCUUUUUUUAAGCCUUAGGGUUUUUCUGCUUGUAAUUGAGUCGUUAUUAAUGUGAUAAUCUCAGUGCAGCUUAAACGUGUAUUCACUUAUUUCCAAGGCUGUGGUAUCAGAAAUGGGCAACUGCAACUGGCUGAUAAGCAGUUGGUCAAUGUUGGCAGACUGUUCUUUCAGUCCUACCCCAAAGUAUUGUUAGGGGAAAAAACACACAACCAUGAUUCAUUAGGGAUCAACAAGGUUGAUGGCACUGCUGCUGUACAAUUAGGAGUCAGUGCUCUCCUUUCAUUAAAGUCUCCUCCAGUCAUUAAUUCUUAUCAUGUCUUCUGUGCAGAUGGAUGUUAAUAGUAUGAGAAACUCCUGGAUUCUUUGUUUGCAGAAAUGGCUAACAAAGUAGAUCUUCAACAUUGUCUGCCAGUGCCCAGAAGCAAGCUGUGAUUUUUUUGUUGUUGUUUUUUUCAUCCUGUGGUUAAUGUCUUAGUUCCUUUUCUUUCACAGUCUUGAACAGGAGUCAUUUUGUUUUUGUUGUUUUUAGUUCAGCAAACACUAAAAUGGACGAGAGGCCACUUUAACAUGUAAAACGUGACUCAUAUUCCACAACACCACCGCCCAUAAUAUCAAACUCUGUAAGCUGAUUUCUGUCUUGACUUUUUCCUCUUUCAACUGCUUGUAAAAGACACUUGCUGUUCCAAACAAGAUGUUAAUAUCUCCAGAUAACUGUAUUUUGAAAUACUUUUGUUGACAAUACGGAGCUGACUUUGGUCUCUCUGUCCCCUCUGGCCAGAGCACAGAGAGAAAAAUAUGAUGCCCAAUAAAAUAUUUGAUAUCUUUCUUUGA